AUGGCCGUGUACCUCGACGGCGAGCUGGUAGCUCGCAUCGUCCUCGUCGAGAGGGAGCCCGUGCUCAUGGACGAGGACAGCGAUGUUGACGACGCCGCCAUCGCCCUCCGGCUGCCCCCGCUGGCGCCCGCUCCGGUCGGUGGCGGAGAGAGCGGCGAUGCCCCGCCCGCAUACAUCCCGCAGCUGCCGAUCGAGAUCAUCAUGAAGAUCUUCUACUCGCUCGAGACGAGUCAGGUCCUUGCCUUUUCGCGUGUCAGCAAGGCCUUCAGGGCCGUCACCGAGGACCCGCACUGCAUCGCCGAGCACUUCAUCCAGCAGCACUACCCGCACUCGAUCUUCCGAGCCAUCAGCUACUCUCGCACCUUCACCGCCGAAGUCUUCGAUAACCUCAUCAAAAGGGGCGCGCCGCUUUCGCGCAGCCUGGUCCAGGAGCUCGGCCGAGGCCGCUUCGGCGCGUGCCCCUCGAGCCGCUACAGGUACUACGACGAGGAGUUCCACGACUUCCCCUACUACCCCACCUCCUGGGGCCUCAAGCUCAAGUUCAGCGCGUGCCUCGCCGUGAUGAAGAAGGGCGAAGAGAUGUACGGCGACGGCGUUCGCUUCGAGCACUUGCAGUCGGACGAGGAGACGGUCGCCACGCUGACCGAGGGGACGCUGUGGUCCGCGUGGUCGAGAGACAGCACUUCCCUUCGCGAGCUGAUGGAGCAGGGACGCUACCUGCCCCUUCCGCGGCACGAGGGCCUGACUCGCGGCGAGACUUUCAUCUCGAGGAUCAUGGCAAAGUUCCCCGACGUCGUUCCGCUCGCCCUGGGCCCCUGCCAAUGGGAACCUACCGGCGAGCAGCGACGCCAAGCCCUGUCGACCGUCUUCAUGUGCCUGGACCAGCCCGAAGGCAUCGACGCUUGUGCCAAGAUCCUCGAAAAGGCCGAGCAGCUCCGCCAGUAUCCGGGCUUCGACCUCACCUUCGAGCUUGCAAGCGACGUCGUCCGGGACUCUCUUGACGCCGACAACCUGCGCCCGCUCCGCGCGGCCUCGAUCGACGGGUUCGAGAAACAGGUCAAGGUGCGGGACGGCUACCGUGCCCUGCUCCAACUCGACGAAAAGGGCGCGCUGGACUUCAAGCUCGCGUCGGUCGUCGACGCCGCAGUCCGCAAGGACUGGACCCGGGAAUGGCCGCUGUCGUCGUUCAAGGCUCUGCAAAAGGCUGCCCGGGACUUUCCGUCCAACUCGUUGCUGAUGGCGACGCCGGUGCUGCUUGCGCUGUGCCAGUACAUCCAGAAGCAUGGCAGGGGCGCUAUCAACUUCGGCACAGAGCUCGAGUGUGUCCGCAUCACCGACGUGUCGAUCGCCAACACACUGCUGUCGAGGAGCAUCACGAAUGUCGAUCUCGUCCUCGACAUCGCCGCCGAGGUCAUCCCCGACUUUGACGAGGGUGCCCUCGUUCGCUCGACGCUGCCCAAACUGCUCUGCCAGCCCUUCAGGGAGGGGAUCCUUCUGGCUCUGCACCGCAGGCGGCCUGACUUCGCUGGCAUGCUCGAGGAGGCCCUGAUGGUUCAAGACUUCCACAUCCAGGAGCUGACCGCGGCCACCAAUCAUCCAAAGCUUCGCUGCCACUUCUACAAGUUCGGCCAGCCCGCCGCUUCGCCUGCCCCCCGAGCUGCAGGGGACGCGCCCGGCAUGCGCAGCAUCCUCUCGUUCGAGACAGCCUACAGGUCGUACUCCCGCCACGACUGGUUCAGCACGCGAGCGCUCAACUGCAAGUACAAGUCCUUUUUCACCAACUUCUGGAAGCUCAACGGCCACACCGCGCCGGGUGCCGACGGCGCCGCACAGGACGACCUGAUCCCAGGCCCCAACAUCUUCGGCCUGACGCCGUCCUUCCCGGCGGAGCCUGCACAGCCUGCUGACAGCGAUGCCUCCGGCCAGUCCUCCUCAACCGCGGGACCCUCGACAGCCCCUAGCCACGGCGCGCGCGAGCAGCAGCCCACGGUCGAGCCCGAAGCAUCGCACUUCAUCUUCCCUGGGCACUUCCACAACAAGCAGUCGGUCGAGUGCGUUCAGAUCCUCGGUCGCUCGCCGGCGGCUUCGCUGGUCCUCUCCCACGCACUCAUCAACGGAGCCGGCUCGGAACUCAUGAGCGCCCUGGUCACCGCCAUGAAGCCGCUGUCGUUCGACCUGGGCCACUGGAAACUGCUCGCCUGGCUCGGACAGGCCCCGCCGCAGGUGAUGGUCGACGCCAUCGCCUACGGCGCCCCCUUUUCGACCGACGGCAACCCCUGCGACAUCCCGCGCUACGACAUGCACCUGCUCAACACCAAGCGCAGGAUCGCCAAGGGCGAGAAGGCCCUCGCGCGAAAGAUCGCCGGGGCCGAAGGCGACGCGUCUUGUGCAGGGUCCAGCGCCGCCGCCGCCGCCGCCGCCCGCACGCCUCCGAGGUUCAAUGCAGCUCGGGACUUGAAGGGCAAGGAGACCAAGCUGGCGCUGCUCGAGGCCGAGGGCAAGGCUGCGGCCAGCUGGGACGCCCAUUACCCGCCCAAGACGGCCGAAGACAGGACUGCGGCGUACACCAAGCCCUCCGAGGACCACAGGCCGGUCCGUAUCGGCUUCGGCAGGAGCGUCGUCUACCUCUCGGAGGACGAGACGCGACGCCGCCUCAAGUCGAUCACCGAGUGGAUCGACCACCUCGAGGGCCUCCUUCGCCUCGAGCUCAAGCUCCACAGCCUCGAGGUCUUCCUCGCCGCGGAAAGCGGCGAGGCGCGUGCAGUCGAGAAGACGGCCUUCCUCCGUGAGCUCGAGCGCAAGUACGCCGGCGCCCCCCUGCCCAUGCUGCGAGGCACCCAGCGGGAGCUGCAGCGGACGGUCGACCAGUUUGAAAAGCAUGCCCUGGCCAAGCGCGCCGACGCAGGCGACUUCGGCGCGGCGCUGACGCUCGAGCUGGCGGCGCUCGAGGAAGACUUUGAGAAGCACCACGAGGCCAUGCCUGCACUCAACCCCGACGGCUCGAAGCCGCACGCCGCCAAGCGCCGCUGCGUCGAUGCCAAGCCGGGCCGCAGGCAGUCGAAGCGCGUCAGGAUGGCCGAGGACGACAGGUACGAGGACAGCGCCGACGAGACGUUCGACAUCGACAGGGAGCUCGCAAGGGAGAGGCUGAGGAAGAUGCGGGCCCGCAGGGAGCGAGUCAGGUCCAAGCGAGCUGCCGCGACUGCCGCCGUCGAGGGCGACGCCGACCUCGCCCCUGACGCCGCAUCCGGAGGUUCUGGAUCCUGCUUAGAGCCCGGCGACGAUGACAGCGCAGACGACUCCAGCGACGGCGACAUCGACGACGAGGACGUCGAAGAGUGA